AUGGAGGAAGCACCACUUUUUUUCGUUGGACACCAUGAUCCCCGCAGGUCUCUCCCCGUCACGGCGGGACAUAUUCAAGAUGCACAUGCUGCCAACUACGACAUGCUCACGUGUCCCAUCACAACGCCAUACUUCCACACUCGCGUUCUCUCGAAACUUAGCACUCAUCUGCCCGACUCAUCUAGCACCUCGAGCAUUGAUCUAACGCGCAGUACGAAUGCAUCACCGGUUGAGAUAGAAGCCCUUGGGCCACGGGAUACUCCUUUGACGCCAGAUGAGACUACUGGCCAGCUCAUCGGAGUGUCCAGUCCUUGGAUAGACCUGAGUUCUCCGGAUCCGGUCAUUGCUGAUGUGUCGAGGCAAGUUCUGAAGCUAGAGCUCGCUUACGCCGCGUUCUGCGGUCUCACAUAUGUCCUUAUCCCUGGACCUCGGAUGCAUAACCGCGCAGAUGACGGCUCUGGCAUUGUGCAAUAUGCACGGGCUAUUCUUGACGCUUUAGCACUUGGACCGUACAUGCAGCUCUACAUAUGGAUGCCUUUGAUCGAUCACUCGGAUAAUGACAAGGAGGAUAUAGGUUAUCUUGCUCCUUUCUCAAGACAGCAAUUCGCAGGCCAUUCUGACGGCCAGUCUCCGCGCCUCGAUCUAUUUGGUACCUGGGAAGCUUGGAGCACCAUUAGGUCGAUCUGCAAAUACUCCUCACGAUUGUCCAUAGCACUCGACCUACCAAAGCUGCUGCCACCAGUGUCGAUACAAUCCAGAUGGUACUCUGAGCCUGUUCGAAUUCUCACCCUAGACGCCAAUAUCUUUCUCGAGAACCAGAAAGGGUAUCCAGUCCUGUCUAGAGCUCAUCAAGCUCUCGUUUCCCACUUUGUCCGUCACAAAAACCCACCAUGGUUUCUUCUAAGCAAUGUUGGUCCAGUGCCGGCCGUCAUGAAUGGUGGUAUGGACGUUAAAGAUUCCGCCGCUUUUCCUGCGCUUGGUGAAGCGUUCUCGGCCGUCAAGGAACCCACGCCUCAUUUAUGGUACAUGAGAAACCUGCAAAACAAGCAGCCACCGCCCAGUCUUAUCGAACGCUUCGGUGCCGGCUAUCAAGACUACUUACAGGCUCCGCUGCAGCCUCUGACCGUCAACCUUGAAUCUAUCACAUACGAGGUCUUCGAGAAGGACCCCAUCAAAUACGAUUGGUACGAGCAAGCUACAGCUCGAGCGCUAUCGGAUUGGAUUUCUCAGCGCAAGCCUGCGUCAGGAACAGACGGUCGUAUCGUCGUUGCUGUAGUCGGUGCUGGCCGCGGACCACUUGUGACUCGGGCACUGAAGGCAGCAGAGACAGUCGGAAUCGACAUCGACAUGUGGGCGCUCGAGAAGAAUCCCAAUGCCUUUGUGCUUUUACAGCGACAUAACGAUACAAUCUGGAAUCAUCGUGUGAACCUCGUCAAGAGUGACAUGCGCACGUGGCGCGGACCCGUUCACCAGGAGAACGCUAGACGAGUGUCUGAAAUGCUCGGCCAGACCAAAUCAAUCCCGCAAGGCUCCAGUUACACUGGGUCUGUGGAUACGGACUCGACAUAUCUUCUUGCAACUGCUGCUCGGCAACCGACUUACUACAAGAUCGAUAUUCUGAUCUCAGAGCUGCUGGGCUCUUUUGCUGACAACGAGCUCUCGCCAGAAUGUCUGGACGGUGUGCAGCAUCUGCUUAACCCCACACAUGGCAUCUCAAUCCCAACAAGCUACACUGCUUUCAUCAGCCCGAUAGCAGCCCCUAAGCUAUAUGCAGACAUCAAUAACAGCAUGGUCCAAACCACACCCCACGCAGCCGAAACACCUUACGUUGUCAUGCUGAAUGCCAUCGACCACCUUUCCACAACCACUAACUCUCCUCAAACUAAUACCUCUGCGCCCCGCACCCUGAGCAAUAGCCGCUCAAGCUCGAUCCCUUCGCCACCCACGCCUCUCAUUCUCCCAUGUUGGUCGUUCCAGCAUCCCAAUCCUCACCUGCCAUCAUCGCCGCCGUCCACCAAUGCCCACAAUACCCGUCACACUGUACUACACUUUCCCGUGCCGCACCGUGGUGCCUGCCACGGCCUAGCAGGCUACUUUGAGUGCGUCCUCUACACCGUGGUGCUGUCAACCAAUCCCAACACAAUGGCCGACACCAGCCCGGACAUGAUGUCGUGGUUUCCGCUGUACUUCCCGCUCAAGAGCGCUGUGUGGUUCCCAGACGACAGCGAGUGCGUGGUGACGCUGUGGCGGAGGGAGGAUGGGAGGAAGGUAUGGUACGAGUGGAUGGUGGAGGCGUUUGUGUACGUCGAUGAGGGUGGGAGAACUAGGGGUAAAAGAGGCAAGGCGAACGCGAGUGGCAAAGGUAGGGGAAGGAGGAUAAAGGUCGGAGGAAGUGAGGUGCAUAGCAGUUUUGAGGAGGGUUGUCUCAUGUGA